AUGGGUUCCAAUCUGCUUCCAUUUUCCUCCCGCUUCCGCAAGCAUUUACCACUUUCUCUUCUUCUGGUCGCCGUCGGCAGCGGCGGGUACUUGCUCCCUUCGAUAGCUCUCAAUUUCCUGGUCAUGGUUCUGUCCGUUUCUCUGGUCUUCGUCCUCUCGAAGAAAGAUCAGGUUCAGGAGACCGAUCAGGUGAAGACUCCAUGGGGCAGGAGGGAUAAUGGUGCCUUCGAACCGCGGAAGCAGAUCCAUGGCGAGGGAGAAGAGGAGAUUCCAGCCCUCGAUUUCAGCGUUGGAUCGCCGAGCCUGCCGCCGCAAUGGACGCCGGCGGGCGCCGCGGAUCACAUUCACAUUCCGGCGAACUCCGAUGACGAGGCGUCCGUGGAGAGCUCGGAUCAAACCCUCACCUCGCCGGAGAGCUCCAUCUCGGAUGAGGAAAGCCUGAUCGAGAUUACCCUCCAGAGUGGCCACUCCGUGGGAUCCCGAGACACAUUUCGUCCCAAUUCUCCGCUGUUCUUCCCCGAGCUCUCCGCCGAGUUGGUCGUCCACCAACAGGGGCUCCUGGAGCUGUUGACGGAGAUCAUCGAAGAAGACAAUCUGAUCGAGAUAGACCUCGCCGCCGGCUCCGUCAAGUGCUCCAGACUGGGGAUCAAGGCAUGA